AUGCCUCACCAUCAUCCUUCACAUGCCUCACUAUCAUCCUUCACAUGCCUCACCAUCAUCCUCCACAUGCCACACCAUCAUUCUCAACAUGCCACACCAUCAUUCUCAACAUGCCUCACCAUCAUCCUCCACAUGCCUCACCAUCAUCCUUCACAUGCCCCACCAUCAUCCUCCACAUGCCACACCAUCAUUCUCAACAUGCCUCACCAUCAUCCUCCACAUGCCUCACCAUCAUCCUCCACAUGCCUCACCAUCAUCCUCCACAUGCCACACCAUCAUUCUCAACAUGCCUCACCAUCAUCCUUCACAUGCCUCACCAUUAUUCUUCACAUGCCUCACCAUCAUCCUUCACAUGCCGCACCAUCAUUCUCAACAUGCCGCACCAUCAUCCUUCACAUGCCGCACCAUCAUCCUCCACAUGCCUCACCAUCAUCCUUCACAUGCCUCACCAUCAUCUGCCACAUGCCUCACCAUCAUCCUCCACAUGCCUCACCAUCAUCUGCCACAUGCCUCACCAUCAUCCUUCACAUGCCUCACCAUCAUCCUUCACAUGACUCAUCAUCAUCCUUCACAUGCCACACCACCAUCAUUCUUCACAUGCCUCACCAUCAUCCUCCACAUGCCCUACCAUCAUCCUUCACAUGCCUCACCAUCAUCUGCCACAUGCCUCACCAUCAUCCUUCACAUGCCUCACCAUCAUCUGCCACAUGCCUCACCAUCAUCCUUCACAUGCCUCACCAUCAUCUGCCACAUGCCGCACCAUCAUCCUUCACAUGCCGCACCAUCAUCCUCCACAUGCCGCACCAUCAUCCUCCACAUGCCUCACCAUCAUUCUCAACAUGCCGCACCAUCAUCCUCCACAUGCCCCACCAUCAUUCUCAACAUGCCACACCAUCAUUCUCAACAUGCCUCACCAUCAUCCUUCACAUGCCGCACCAUCAUCCUCCACAUGCCGCACCAUCAUCCUCCACAUGCCUCACCAUCAUUCUCAACAUGCCGCACCAUCAUCCUCCACAUGCCACACCAUCAUUCUCAACAUGCCACACCAUCAUUCUCAACAUGCCGCACCAUCAUCCUCCACAUGCCUCACCAUCAUUCUCAACAUGCCACACCAUCUUCCUCCACAUGCCUUACCAUCAUUCUCAACAUGCCACACCAUCAUCCUCCACAUGCCUUACCAUCAUUCUCAACAUGCCACACCAUCUUCCUCCACAUGCCACACCAUCAUUCUCAACAUGCCUCACCAUCAUCCUCCACAUGCCUCACCAUCAUCCUCCACAUGCCACACCAUCAUUCUCAACAUGCCUCACCAUCAUCCUUCACAUGCCUCACCAUCAUCCUUCACAUGCCUCACUAUCAUCCUUCACAUGCCUCACCAUCAUCCUCCACAUGCCACACCAUCAUUCUCAACAUGCCACACCAUCAUUCUCAACAUGCCUCACCAUCAUCCUCCACAUGCCUCACCAUCAUCCUUCACAUGCCCCACCAUCAUCCUCCACAUGCCACACCAUCAUUCUCAACAUGCCUCACCAUCAUCCUCCACAUGCCUCACCAUCAUCCUCCACAUGCCUCACCAUCAUCCUCCACAUGCCACACCAUCAUUCUCAACAUGCCUCACCAUCAUCCUUCACAUGCCUCACCAUUAUUCUUCACAUGCCUCACCAUCAUCCUUCACAUGCCGCACCAUCAUUCUCAACAUGCCGCACCAUCAUCCUUCACAUGCCGCACCAUCAUCCUCCACAUGCCUCACCAUCAUCCUUCACAUGCCUCACCAUCAUCUGCCACAUGCCUCACCAUCAUCCUUCACAUGCCUCACCAUCAUCUGCCACAUGCCGCACCAUCAUCCUUCACAUGCCGCACCAUCAUCCUCCACAUGCCGCACCAUCAUCCUCCACAUGCCUCACCAUCAUUCUCAACAUGCCGCACCAUCAUCCUCCACAUGCCCCACCAUCAUUCUCAACAUGCCACACCAUCAUUCUCAACAUGCCUCACCAUCAUCCUUCACAUGCCGCACCAUCAUCCUCCACAUGCCGCACCAUCAUCCUCCACAUGCCUCACCAUCAUUCUCAACAUGCCGCACCAUCAUCCUCCACAUGCCACACCAUCAUUCUCAACAUGCCACACCAUCAUUCUCAACAUGCCGCACCAUCAUCCUCCACAUGCCUCACCAUCAUUCUCAACAUGCCACACCAUCUUCCUCCACAUGCCUUACCAUCAUUCUCAACAUGCCACACCAUCAUCCUCCACAUGCCUUACCAUCAUUCUCAACAUGCCACACCAUCUUCCUCCACAUGCCACACCAUCAUUCUCAACAUGCCUCACCAUCAUCCUCCACAUGCCUCACCAUCAUCCUCCACAUGCCACACCAUCAUUCUCAACAUGCCUCACCAUCAUCCUUCACAUGCCUCACCAUCAUCCUUCACAUGCCUCACCAUCAUCCUUCACAUGCCUCACCAUCAUCCUCCACAUGCCACGCCAUCAUUCUCAACAUGCCUCACCAUCAUCCUCCACAUGCCUCACCAUCAUCCUCCACAUGCCUCACCAUCAUCCUCCAUAUGCCACACCAUCAUUCUUAACAUGCCUCACCAUCAUCCUUCACAUGCCUCACUAUCAUCCUUCACAUGCCUCACCAUCAUCCUCCACAUGCCACACCAUCAUUCUCAACAUGCCACACCAUCAUUCUCAACAUGCCUCACCAUCAUCCUCCACAUGCCUCACCAUCAUCCUUCACAUGCCCCACCAUCAUCCUCCACAUGCCACACCAUCAUUCUCAACAUGCCUCACCAUCAUCCUCCACAUGCCUCACCAUCAUCCUCCACAUGCCUCACCAUCAUCCUCCACAUGCCACACCAUCAUUCUCAACAUGCCUCACCAUCAUCCUUCACAUGCCUCACCAUUAUUCUUCACAUGCCUCACCAUCAUCCUUCACAUGCCGCACCAUCAUUCUCAACAUGCCGCACCAUCAUCCUUCACAUGCCGCACCAUCAUCCUCCACAUGCCGCACCACCAUCAUCCUUCACAUGCCGCACCAUCAUUCUCAACAUGCCGCACCAUCAUCCUCCACAUGCCACACCAUCAUUCUCAACAUGCCGCACCAUCAUUCUCAACAUGCCGCACCAUCAUCCUCCACAUGCCACACCAUCAUUCUCAACAUGCCGCACCAUCAUUCUCAACAUGCCGCACCAUCAUCCUCCACAUGCCGCACCAUCAUUCUCAACAUGCCGCACCAUCAUCCUCCACAUGCCCCACCAUCAUUCUCAACUUGCCGCACCAUCAUUCUCAACAUGCCGCACCAUCAUCCUCCACAUGCCGCACCAUCAUUCUCAACAUGCCGCACCAUCAUCCUCCACAUGCCGCACCAUCAUUCUCAUGAUGCCGCACCAUCAUCCUCCACAUGCCGCACCAUCAUUCUCAAUAUGCCGCACCAUCAUCCUCCACAUGCCGCACCAUCAUUCUCAACAUGCCGCACCAUCAUCCUCCACAUGCCGCACCAUCAUUCUCAACAUGCCGCACCAUCAUCCUCCACAUGCCGCACCAUCAUUCUCAACAUGCCGCACCAUCAUCCUCCACAUGCCACACCAUCAUUCUCAACAUGCCGCACCAUCAUCCUCCACAUGUCUCACAUUCAUUCUGUCAGAUAAGUUUUUUCAUUAUUAA